AUGUGGACGUGUCGCCGUCUCUCGUCGCACUUGUCGACCACUGCUCGCGGUUUCCGCUCGAGCUGCAUCCCAUGGGCGUCAACAGGUAGUCACUUGUCGGACGUUUCGUUCGCUUCGCUGCCAAUCAGCCAGAGGUCCAAGGAUGUUCUCACGCGCGACAUGGGCUACGAGUUUCUAACGCACGUGCAGAAUGACACAUUACCGCUGGUGCUGGAUGGGCGAGACGUGCUGGCCAAGGGCAAGACGGGCAACGGUAAAACCAUCGCCUUCUUGUUGCCAACGCUAGAGCGAAUGUUAACGCAUCCGCAGCCCAAGCAGGACAAGAUUUCAGCGCUAGUAAUAUCUCCUACCCGAGAGCUGGCACAGCAGAUAGCAGUCGAAGCGGUGAAGCUCACAAACGCCCAUGGACUGCGCACAUCCUGCUUUGUUGGAGGCAGUGCAGUUAACAAGGACGUGAAGGAGCUGACCCAGUCCGGAGGGAUCGACGUGCUGGUAUCCACUCCAGGAAGACUACAAGCGCAUCUAGAGGACAACAGCGGACGUAUCCGACAGAAACUUGACAGCCUCCAGGUUUUGGUAUUAGAUGAAGCUGAUCGUCUACUAGACAUGGGUUUUCGUCCCGACAUUAUGCGAAUCAUCAGUCAUUUACCGAAAGAGCGACAGACACUGCUCUUUAGUGCGACGCUGCCUGCUGCAACCGAGGAGCUCAAGGAUGUGGCUCUGCUGGACGACUAUGUCUUUGUGGAUACCAUUGAAGGCGAUGAUCAACAAACCAACACUCAGGCUGUACAGGAGUACGUUGUGUGCGAUCUCCAAGACGUCAUUCCAGUGGUGGAAGGCAUUUUAGAAGAGCACAUGAAGCUGCCGGCGUAUAAGGUCAUUGUUUUUCUGCCGACUGCACGGUCAGCACAGUUCAUGGCGCAGCUAUUCCAGUCUGCGGGUUUCCAGAACGUUUUGGAGAUGCAUUCGCGCAAGAGUCAAUCUGCACGAACAAAGGCUGCUGACGCUUUCCGCAAGGGUAAGAAGAUGAUCAUGUUCUCGUCAGAUGUGUCGGCACGUGGCGUCGACUACCCAGACGUCUCACUUGUUUUGCAAGUGGGUCUCACGGAUCGUGACCAGUAUAUUCAUCGACUAGGACGCACCGCCCGUGCGGGUAUGGAAGGACGUGGCAUUCUAGUGCUGGCAGACUUCGAAAAGGUGAUGCUUCGUGAUCUAGCCGACCUGCCACUUACAGAACUAGAGCAACGUCCUCAGCUGGACCAGCAGAACUACCGAACCACUCGUGCUCUCGCAAAUGUACGUCAACGCAGUGAAUUGGAGCAAUCAGCAGAGAAGGCUUAUGCUGCCUUCCUGGGCUUCUACAAUUCAAACCUUAAGAAGCUGAAGAUGUCGAAAACGAAGCUUGUUGAGACGGGAGCUCUCUAUAGCCAGCUGAUUGGACUGGAAAAGGUGCCGUCACUGCAAAAGAAGACACUGCGAGCGAUGGGGAAGAGAGUCUAA